AUGGGAGUUGGGAAUCAGAAAAAGCGAACGAGAGGUGACCGGUUUAAGAAAGAUUCCAACUUUGGCAAAGGGCAGUCUAGUCUACCACGCCUUACGCGUUUCUCUUCCACUUCGGUGGGUGACAGGAUAUACCUGACUCAGCCAUCCACUAGCUUCCUAUCUGAUGUCUCGCUUUUAUCUAAUUUAACACGCACAAAAAAUGCUGUCAAUGUUGGUUGCCCAAUCCAAAGAGACUUGACUUCCAAAGUAAUUGAGAGGCGCUAUCUUAAAUUUAUAUGGGAUACUUCAGAAGAGCAGCAUAAAAUUCAUAUGACUUCUUGA